GAAAAAAAAACAUAAACAAUAGUUGUGUUCUAAAGAAAUUUUAAGCAUUUAGUUGAAAAAUUAUUCGAAAAGAUGUUAAAAAAUUGUUUUUUACCCGUAAAUUAUAAUAAACCACAAACGCAAACCUGUGGAGAGAUAAUUUGUGAAAAUCUACAAGAAUUUAUAAUUAAUUGUAAAUUGUGUAAAAUCAAAAUAUUUGAGUUUGAAGAAUUUGUGCAGCAUUUUAAGAAUGUCCACUUGGAUAAGGCGUUAAUAAAUGAUAGCACAACAGAACGGAAAAUAGAAAAUAAAUUACAUGAAGAUCAGGAGGAAAAUUAUGAGCGGGUGAUUAAGUUAGAAAUAUCUGAGGCACAUGAACCAUUGAAAAAUGAUGAAAAGUUUACAGCAAACAUCGAUAAUGAAGAAUUCUUAUGGGAGGCGGACAAUAGUAACUAUACGGAUGAUGACAAGGAUGAGGAUUAUAAUACAGAAGAUGACGGAGACCCGGAGGAGGAUGAGGAACAAAGCAAAAGUAUAAUGAGAAAGCCGCGUAAACCUAAAGAAUUUUCCUGUGAAAUUUGCAAUAAAAAGUAUGCCGACUCUAGACGCUUACAGCUGCAUGUGAAAAUUGUACAUCUACGCGAAAAACCUUACAAAUGCUCUAUGUGUGAUCAGGCUUUUGCCGAAGAACGUACGCUUAAGAAUCAUGUGGGUCAUAAACAUACGGGUUAUGAGUGCCCCGAAUGCCACAAGAAUUUCUCAACAAAUCGCAAUUUGAAACGACACAUGCUAAUACAUGUAGAUAAAAAAGAAUUCAUUUGCCAAGAGGAUAAUUGUGGCAAGGCGUUUGCCACCAAGGGUCAGCUAAAAGAUCAUCAACGCUAUCAUACUAGUGAAAUGUUUAUUUGCGAAGAAUGUGGCUAUAAGUGCCGGCAACGCGAAUCACUAAUUGUUCAUAAACGCCAUCAUACGGGAGAGAAACCAUUUGGAUGUAAGCUUUGUGAUCGUCGUUUUGGUUCGAAACCUUUACUCAAUGAACACAUGGCCACGCAUGAAACGGAACGUAAACAUAUUUGUGAUGUUUGUGGUAAAAGUUUUAAUCGGCCCAAGGCUUUAUAUCAUCAUAAACAUUUACAUUUAGGCGUUAAGAAGUUUGUUUGUAAAAUCUGUGGUCAGGCCUAUGCUCAAGCGGCCGGCCUAUCGGCUCACAUGCGAAAGCAUAGAGAAGAGGGUGGCUCUGCCUCUUUUACCACCGAACCUGCGCUACCACCUAAUAAUACAAAUAUUUUAAAUGUACUUUAUCCUUUUUGAAUUAAAAUACAAAAUAAAUUUCAUAAAAAUAA